AUGUCAAUCGCGGCCGAGGACUUUGCUGCUUCCGAAAAUGAAAACAUCGACAGUAUCCAUGCUUCGCGGGCAAUAUUCUCUUGGCUCGUCAGCCAGGGUGCUGCUGGUCUGCAGGUGAUUGGUACCCAGAAGCCCGGAUCAUCUAUUCAGCUUGACGCCAGUCUGGCUUCUCGGGAUGUGGACGAGAUGAAUGCAAGUGGACUUCUGAAGAGAUCAUUUUCUCACUUCUGGGCAUACGUGUCUGACUAA